AUGAAGCGAAACUUAAGAUGGAAAAAAUUUGAUGUUGCAUUGGAUAAUGACAAUUUAUUUGCCAUUUUUGAAGAAGCAUUACAAGUUCACACUCAACAGGGUACUACAGAAAGCUUGCCUUUUGAUUACAUUACGAGAAAACCGGAAGAAAACGCAUGGGAUCGUAUGGAUCAUCUACUCGACCGGAAAGAGCGAGAUAAAGCCAAACAGCAAGUAAAAAAUUGGACUGUAUUCAUCGUCAUAAUGCAAGAACCCGUAUACUGCAACAGGACGAAGAAUCCGCGCCGUAAGACGGAUACGAAGACUAACAAAAGGGUAGUUAAUCCUCUGGCACAACCUGUAGGAUUGUUGAAAUCCCGAGCAGCUAUACACCAGCACAACAUUCAGUCUGAAACCAACGAACCAAGACGAGGUAUGUCUCCACCUCCUGGUAGAAUGAAAUACUAG